CCGCCUCUCCGAGUGGGCGGACGCGCACCUCAGCCUCCUGCGGAGCCUGAGCGCCGGGAUGGCGGUGGCCGGGGUGCUGGUGCUGGCCCGGAGCGUCCGCAUGAUAACAAAGUUUACAAGUGCUUUGGAUAUACCUGUGGAGUUUGUAGAAAAGAAUGUGAAAUUGCGGGGAAAAUUGCAUCGCAUAACGGAGAAAGGCCUGGAAGUUGAACACAUUCCCAUUAGCAUUCCUUUCAUUACAUCGAUACAGAGAAAAUGGCAAUCAGAAGGUCUUCUGCUGGUCAGACUUGCUGGGGUGGAGCUGGCUCCCAGCGGCACGGCCUGGUUACAGCAAGAGUUGAAACCCCAGCAAAUGGGUCGAUUUCUCAGCGUGUGCUUAAAUGAAGAGAUCUUGAGACAAGGGCUUGGCAGAACAGCACGCAUUGAAGGACUACAUCACGAUUCCCGCCUGUACUGGGAACUUCACAAAAGACUGCUUCGAGCAGAGUUAAGGGCCUUGAAGAAAAAUAAAGGAAUAUGGAAAGAAGAAAGCUACUCUGAAAGAAUUAGAGAUCGUAUAAGCAACAAUAAAUUUGUACAGACGUUGAAACAAUUUGCGAGCUGGUUCAGAAGCUCUAUUUAAAGGUAAAAAGGGAGACUUGCCUGGAGGAAUGCCAGUUACUGAUCUUACGUGCUUUAUGCAAAGUAGAAGUGUUUGAUAAAAACCAGUGCCAUAAUUUUGAGGGUCCCUGUCUUGAGCAGAAAACCCAUAGUUAUUUAAUGCCAUAUCAUAACCCAUAUGGGAUUGAAAUUUAGUAGUAGUAUGCAGGCCACAAAUUAAAAUGUUCUGAAGCUGAACUUUUCCACAACAAUGUCCUAAAUGAGUUGUCCAGUUUCCCACCUGCUAAAUACCGGCGCAGCUGUGUUAACCAACUAGCGAAAGCGGUUUUUAAGAGGUGCAGAGUGUUACUUCACAGUCUACAGCCUUAAAUGCUUCUCUGUUACAUGUCAUUACUACGUAGCCCACAUGGGUUAGAAAACUCCAUUUCAGACCUUUACAAAGCUUGUGGUAUGUGUUUACA